AUGCCAACUAGUCCAAAGAGACGCAGGCAGGUGCGGUAUGAAGUACGAAAUAAAUUUCGCAUAGGCAUAUCCAAUGCUAUUGCAGGCAAACAAACUACACUGAAUUGGAACCAGCUGUCCAAGAAUUUGGGAUAUAUCUGGGCAUCGCUAACACCAGAGCAGCGCCAUUCGUGUGGAUGGACGUAUAAAGAACUGCUAUUGAGUAUUGCUGAAGAUAUCGACAACGCGAAUUAA